CUUUGUCAAAGACAUACACUGCCUUUACACGGUGCAAUUUUUAGCUGGCAUUUUUAUCAAUUCUCUUUUAAAAUUUCUGCGUAAAUAUUCGCGCCUUUACACGGUGGCAUUUUACGAUAAUAGUGCUUGGAAUUUUUUCUGAUAUUUUAUUUUAUUCAGUAUUUCGUAUAGAGCUAAUUGUUUGUAACAGAUAUUUAUAAAGAAGUGAUUUAAAAUUAAAUGUGUGAAUCUAAAGAAGAAAUGAUGGAAAAAGUUAUUGAGGUGUUAAAUAUAGCAUUAUUAACUUUUAUUUUAACUUUCUUUUUUUACUUUUGAAUACUUCCAAUUAAUUUUCAUAUAAUUCACUAUACAAUUCAAUCACUAAAAACAUCACAUCACAAUAAAAGAAACGCAUCAAAAAUUACAAUAAAGAAACGAUAUGAAAUGUCAAAAUCAUAAAAAAUUCAGAAGAAGCAAAAAGAGAAGUGCAAAGAAAAUGGCUUGUAACCCUGUGCGGUGGCUUAUCGUGCCAUUUUUUCUUCUAUCCUUGUCUCUCUACACCUUUUACCAACAAAAAAAAAUGGCAUGGUUAAAAAAUGUCACCGUGUAAAGACAGUGAUAGAAGUAUAAAGAUAGGACAAGUCAGAGUCAAAAUAUAAACACCAGGUGGAUUUACCUCUGUUGUUACGAUAUCAUAACAACAGUGUAUGUUAAUUACCAGGAGUGAGAAAAUAUUUAGUCUCUGAAAUGCAAUGGAAUAUUGAGAGAAACAGCUUUAAGAUCAAGAGAAGAAUGCCAACACAAUACAUUACUUUCGUCGUCUGCCAUUUCCUCAUUCGUUUAUUAAUAUUCAGGGGUAAUACAAGUUAUAAUUUCGAAAAUUUUUCUUAAGUUCAUUUUAUUUUGUAUUGUACAAUAUAUUAGUCUAUUGUUUCUUCCUUUUUUUGAGAUGAGCUGUCCCAAGUUUUGGAAUGCAGCAUGGGGUAAUGAUGAUGGGGCAUGAUGAAGCCACACAUUUUGUGGAAUUUUAUUUAGACGCAAUGUCAAGCGUCAUGAUGCAUGCUAAGCAGGUGAUUUCCGUCCUGCCAGACCAUUCCGUAUUGUCACAGGCAGUGGAGACAACAACCAUUGAUGUCUUUGAGGGUCCCCCAUUCAAGUUCAAGAUGACCAAGCAAGGAGAACACGAAGCCAUUGCGUGUCAUUAAGGGUCACAAUAAACCCAUUACUGUGUUGGGUUUGAGUGAUGAUCGCAGCACCAUCUACACCGGCAGUCAUGAUGGUGUGGUGACCAUCUGGAAUUCGGACAGUGGUAUCAAUGAUCGUGUAACUGGGGCUGGUCAUGGUAAUCAGAUGAAUGGCAUUGCUGCCUGGGGUGAUUUUGUUUACACCUGUGGCAUUGGUGACAGUCUGCGUCAAUUCAAAAUCGAAUCGAAUGCAUUCACCGAUUAUGUUGUGAAGCUGAAUUGUCAACCCCGUGGUUUGGCCAUUUUCCGUAAUGAAAACAUCAUAGCUGUGGCCUGUGUCAAAGAAAUCACCUUGGUCCAGGAUCAAAAGAAGGCCUUCUCCUUGCCCACUAAAUAUGAGGCGAGCAGUAUUAGUGUUAACCCUGAAACCUUGGAUGUUGCUGUGGGUGGUGAUGACCAGAAAUUGCAUAUUUAUUCAUUGAAUGGCACCACCCUGGAACCCACCGAUUGUUCGUACUCGCCAGACAAUAAAUACUUGGUGGUUUGUGAUGCUCAUCGCACAGUUGUCCUAUACAGUGUGGAGGAAUAUAAGCCUGCCCACAACAAGGAAGGGAAAUGCACGUGUCAAUACUGUGGCCUGGACACCCAAUUCCCAAUUGGUGGCCAGUGGUUCUUUGGAUACCACCAUUAUUAUCUGGUCGGUUACCAAUCUCGCCAAGACAAUCUAAAACCAACAACCAAAUCCACUAUUACCACCUAUGUAAUUUAAAAAUAAAACAACGACAAACUACUUAACAAUCUUCAACAAAAAAGCAGAACAAUAACAAGCCCAAACUAUGAAUGCAA